UCACUCACUCAGUCAAGUCAAGUGCUAAAGACAAGAAGAGCUCAAACAAACUUAAACCAAACCUCCCCAAAUAAUCGAAAGCAACUGUGCAAGAGUUUGUUGUACAACGAAAACAAUCACUGGCUAAAAUGUUGUAAUCAUUAUUUACAGCGCUUAAAAUGUGGAUGUUGUUCUUUUUUGUCAACCACAAAAACGAUCAAGAAUAUUUUUCACGUAUUGGGUUAAAUUCUUUUUAGCCUAGUGUGAUAAUGUAGGAUUUCGAAAUAACAAAUAUUUUAGAUCUAACCUUAAGUUUAAUUAAUUGAUCAAGAAAAUGCGAAUUCGCCGAUUGGCUGGAAUUGGAGCUGUUUUCCUUCUUUUGGGAUACCUGACGCUUUAUUUACUUUUGGAUCUAUCAUUUCCUUCUGAGAGUCAAAAGGAAUCAGUUCAGGUUUCUAGAAGAAAAUCAAACUUCAUCAUCAAUAAUGACAUAGGGUUUAAUAGUAGCAAUGAUAUUUUUUACGAGAAAACAGCAGCAAGAUUAACUCUAGACUUCCUAUCCCAAUCCCCAUCAUGUAUCAAUCAGCCACAUUCAGAUUCUCAAGUCAACAUACAGAUGCUGCGAGUGUAUGAUGAGUUGAAGUUUGACAACAUAGAUGGCGGUGCAUGGAAGCAGGGCUGGAACAUAGUGUACAAUGAGAACCAGUGGAGCCCAAACAAGAAACUCAAGGUGUAUGUGGUGCCACAUUCCCAUAAUGACCCAGGUUGGAAAAAAACUUUUGAGGAUUAUUACCAGAGCCAAACAAGGUCGAUAUUGAACAAUAUGGUGGUCAAAUUAAUGGAGGAUCCAAGAAGAAAGUUUAUUUGGGCUGAAAUAUCAUUUUUCUCACUUUGGUGGCAGGAAAUAACAGAUGACAUUAAAGCCAAAGUAAAAACAUUGCUUACGAGAAGACAGCUGGAGAUUGUCACUGGAGGAUGGGUCAUGAAUGAUGAGGCCAAUGCUCACUAUUACUCCAUCCUGCAGCAGCUCACACAUGGUCAUCAGUGGAUGCAGACUCAUUUAAACAUUACACCAAGGUUUGGUUGGGCUAUAGACCCUUUUGGCCACUCUCCAACAAUGCCGUACGUGUUGAAAAAAAUGGGUAUUGAGUCUAUUCUUAUUCAAAGAACACACUACUCAAUAAAAAAAUAUUUAGCAAAAAAUAAACAACUUGAAUUCAGGUGGCGCCAGGUUUGGGACUAUAACGGGUCUACAGACUUGUUGACACACAUGAUGCCCUUCUACAGCUAUGAUGCACCACACUCCUGUGGUCCGGAUCCCAAAGUCUGUUGUCAGUUUGACUUCAAACGUCUGCCAGGCUAUGGUUUCAGCUGUCCCUGGCGAGUCCCCCCACAGAUCAUCAAUGAUAGUAAUGUCGCUCACAGAGCUGAAAUGAUCUUGGACCAGUGGCGAAAGAAAGCUCAGCUGUUCUCUACAGAUGUCGUAAUUGCUCCAUUGGGAGAUGACUUCAGAUAUGACCACCCUACUGAGUGGGAUUUACAGUUCAAUAACUAUCAACGACUUUUUGACUACAUGAACAAUGUACCCCAUCUCAAUGUGCAGGCACAGUUUGGCACUCUGUCAGACUAUUUUGAUGCUAUUCAGAGAGAAAAACCAGUAGAGCAAUAUCCAUCCUUGUCUGGAGACUUCUUUACCUAUGCAGACAGAGAUGACCAUUACUGGAGUGGAUACUACACGUCUCGGCCGUUCUACAAAAGGAUGGACCGUGUGCUGCAGGACUACCUGCGUAGUGCUGACCUGGUGUCUUCAGAGGCUUGGCUGCGAGGACUGCAGCUGAGCCCAGCACUGCGGGACAUGUUACACACAGCUCGCAGCAGCCUGGCACUGUUCCAACAUCACGAUGGCGUCACAGGCACAGCCAAGGACCAUGUGGUGCAGGACUACGCCAACAAAAUGUUGUUGGCAAUAAAGAAUUGCCAGCAUGUGAUUCAACUGAUGGCUCACUAUCUGCUCAGUCCUGCUCAGAGUACCUAUAAGCUUGAGGAGGAUGCUGUGUACUUUGACCUGGACCAUGGGCGGAAGCUGGCAUAUAGUCUGCCUGGCCAGAAGACUUUGGUGUUCAACUCUAUACGAGAGUCACAUCGUGUGGUCAUCUACAACUCUCUGUCUUGGGUUAGGGAGGAAGUGGUCACUCUUAGGGUCUCUACACCGGACCUCAAGGUGACAGACUGGAAGGGCAACGUUCUCCAAGCGCAGGUGGAUCCUCAUUGCCAGUUAGUGGACAUCCACAGUCAAUGCUAUGAGCUCUCCUUUGUAGUCACUGUUGAGGCUCUGGGAAUGUCCACAUACUUUAUCUACCUUGUGUCACCUGAUGACAGUUCUAAGGCUUCUCGUGUGAAAAUAAAGGUUUUAAACUCUGGAUGGACUCACAACCAGAAGGAGAUGUUUGAAGAUUGGGUUAAUGAGUUUGACAAUGACAAAGAGUUUACCAUACAAAACCAAGUAAUAUCUGCAGCUUUCAGCAAAUCUAGUCUACUCAAAGCAGUCACGUUCAAGAAAUCUGGAAAAACCGUUCCUCUCCACCUCAACUUUGUCAAAUACUCGUCCAGACCUGGGAGAGAGCGAAGUGGAGCUUAUCUCUUCCUACCUGAUGGAGAAGGAGAAAACCUACGCUUCCAGUCUCCCCUCACCUUGGUGUUCUAUGGUCAGAUCAUGUCGAAAGUGUUCGUACAAUUGCCUAAUGUGAAGCACACUGUGAUUCUUUAUAACUCUCCAGGUGCUGAUGGUCUUGGUUUGGAGGUUCACAAUCUAGUGGAUAUUAGCUCAUUGAACACCAACUAUGAGCUUGUAAUGAGAAUAUCAAGUAAUAUUAACAACAAAAAUGUGUUCCACACUGAUCUUAAUGGUUUACAGAUGAUAAAACGAAAGAGGUUUAGCAAACUCCCUCUACAGGCUAACUACUAUCCAAUGCCGACUGCAAUGUAUAUAGAAGAUGACGACACUCGGCUCACACUGUUGUCUGCUCAACCUCUAGGAGUGGCUUCCUUACGAGAGGGUCAGAUAGAGGUGAUGCAGGACCGUAGACUACUGCAGGAUGACAACCGUGGGUUAGAUCAGGGAGUUUUGGACAAUAGACCAACACUGUCUCUGUUCCGACUCAUCAUAGAGGAACCAUCUAAUGAGGACUGCAGUUUCUCCGAGCCCAGUCAUACGGAGGCUAGCUGGAUGGCAGUAGAGUCACUCAAUCACCCUCUCCACCGCCUGAUAGUCUUAGACCCAGACAAGGUACAGGGGCUGGGUAUGUCGUGGCGGGCCGGGACACCUCUACACCCGGACAUACGGGUGGUGUCUCUGUCAGUGGUCAGUCUGCCACACAGUGAGGCUGCGGGACUAGUAGUGCAUCGGACACAGACCAACAACUGCUUCGCUCAGCCCCACCUCUCACACACCGUGACUGCUGCUGACCAGGGGAAGGUAAAUAUCAGUUCAGUACUGUCUAUCUCCGGAGAUAUCAUCCCAGCUUCACUCUCAUUUGUAUACAGAGGAAAACCUGUGAGCAGUUUAAACAGUCAAGACAUGUGUCCCUACUCUAUGUUAGCCUUUUUAAUUCCAAAUCAAACUGUAUAGAUUUUACAAGUACAUAAAGACUGUAAAUAUUUUACUAGGUAAGAAAAUGUGAUUGACUGUAUAGAACUAGUUUGUUGUACAGAUUUUGUCUGUUUAAGUGUAAUAUGCUGUUUGGUUGAAUGUUUGUCUGUGUGUAUUUAUUGGUUGGAUCAGGAUGGAAUGGUUUGUCUUGAAUUAAAAAUAUAAGAUAAUGAUUAGAGGUGGGCGAGCCUCGAGCCUAGCUUUUACGUAUAAUGAAUUUUACUACAUAAUGCCAUAUAGCACAGAAAACAUACUACUAUAACCCAGAAUGCCAACCA